AGGUGAAUUCAGUUUGGUUCAAGUUGUUUCUCUAUGAAACAACAGGAUCAGGACCUCCCUCCAUGCUCAUUGUGAAAGGAUCUCGACUCAGACGACUUCCUAAAAUAUUUGAGGUAAACUAAUGUGUUCCACCAUGUCUGAGGAUUAGGAUAUCAGAAAAUUUUCUUCCUGGGACCAUAACCUGGAGACAAACAUUUCCUGUAGACCGAUGGAUAUUUUUUUGCUAAAUCUGGGCAUAAACAUUUACUGUAGUGUUCUAGCUGAUCAUGGUUUUAAAUUUAAGGAAUAAUGUCUGUCAAUCAUGUUGUUGCGCCCAUAGUGGGACAUGGGUGUUAAGGUUUCAAUGCAAAUCUUCACUGAAACGAAUUUCCUGCAGCUGUUUAACAUUUCGUGCGGGCAGUGCUCGCCAAUUUUUUUCCACCCCCACCCCCAGACUACCAUAACACACUUCUUUUAUUUCAGGGUUUUGAUAGACUGCUGAUCGCUACGUGGGGACAUGAUCCAACUCCAGUACCCGUCUCGAAUGUACUUGUGGCUUUAAAUGACGCACUUACACAUUCAGCUGUUCUCAUACAGGUAAAUUAGGUUCACCAGACGUAGAAAGCUUUGGAUUGAUAGGGAUGCAACUACACGGAGAACUUCGACGUUUCGAGCCCUGCCUUCGUCGAUCUUUACUUAGGUUUCCUCAAUUCUUUGUGCACGGAAACACAACUCUAAACUAGUAGAAAUUCCUCCCAAUGGAUUUCCAGAAAGUUCAUAACCUGGAUAUUGCAUUCUUUCAGGGUUACGGAAUGCACCGUGAAGGAAAGAUUCACAGAAUAUCAUUUCCUUUAAAAGCGAGCAAAGAAAGUCUAGAAGGUAUUGUGACACAUUUUUUUAGGGGAGCUCAAGCAAGCGACGUUCUUGUCACCACGGACGUCAGAUUUCCGAGGAAGGACUGGAUUAAAAACUAUGUUUGUAUCAGUUUGUGGUAAUCUUCAACACACAUGACAUAAAAUAAGAUUUUUCAAGUCUACAAAAACCCUUCAAUAGUCAGUUCUAUCGAGUGAGAUGUUGGAUGUUUACCAAUAUACCAUAGAAUAAGGGUAAUAUUGAAUAUUCUGGAGCCGGUUGUUCAAAGCUUGGUCAGCUUAACCCUAGGUUAACCUGAAAUUCAAAGCAAACUUCGUGACAGCUUGUCUAUAAAUUUGGAAAUAUUUCUUCAGAGAUCUUGUCCGGAUCGAUAGGAGUUUACUUCUCUGAAGUUUUGAAAUAAACAGACGUGCAGAAAUACACAAACUAAAACAGCAGGUUAAAUUUUAAUACAGGGUUAGCGUUAACCCACUUUUGAACAACCAGCCCCUGUGCGAAAACCUUCCAUGGCAACACCUUGGUACAUGUACAAGAACUUGUGGUUAAUGCCAGGCAAGUGAACUCACUUGUCAGACCGCUGUACCGGAGUCGCAAGGCUGCUGCAGCUUUGAUUCCCAUCGGAGAGCCUAUGACUGCAUUUUCGCAACCGUCCUCCGUCUGGACUAACGAUAUAAACAAUCAUCAAAAAAACCCUUCAGCAUUUCAAAGGCAUCGAUGCCAACUAGAAAACCAACCAACAAUGACCUCGUACCCAGCAAAACCAACCUCGGUCCCAGGCUCUUACAUGCAAAACCUGUAUUGUUAUUGAAAUUUAAAAUCAAAUCUUCCUUUUGUUUCUAGACGAGCCUCAGUCACACGAUCUUAUCCACCAUCCAGCCGUUCAAACACUAUCACGUGCUAUAGACAUGCAAAACACGUGCGGAUACAUCACCUUACUUAACCCUCAUCUUACAUCACGUACUGAGACAGACGUGGAGGAGACCGCGAGCAUGUUUCAAUUCACCGGUGAUCCCGUUGGUGAACUCUUUUCAACCAACAGCGAGCCUGUUUUGGGGACUGAAAACAAGGAAUAUGAUAUUACGCAGUCAAAGAAUGGUGACCGUGAUAAAAAUUUCGAAGACUGGUGCCUACUUGAUAUGCACUUUGGGUUGCCACUCUUCGAUGCAACAUUAAACCAAGAAAUUAGUUCAAAGGUAUGCAGUUUUCCGUUCAAAAAAUAAGGAGGGGCACGCGAAUUAAGAUUUUUACAUGUUCCCUGCAAAUAUCAGUUCUAAAGGCACGCGGUUUAAUGCUAAUGCUUUUUAUGAAAGGUGUCAGACAAAACAAAACAAAACAAAACAAAACAAAACAAAUAGGUGAACGGAGGGAGAAAUGGAUUGGCCAUUUUACCCACUUUUUUCCCCUGAAAAAUUUCCCAUUUUUUGUCCACUUGUUUUCCACUGAAAAAUUUCCUUAUUUUUUCACUUUUUUUGUGCUUUUUUCCACUGAAAAAUUUCCCGUUUUUUCCCACUUUUCGGACUAAAUUGCAGUGCAGAUUUGAGGUCAGCUAGGGCUUAGAGGCAAAGCUGGUCAAGUUAAACAAUGUCAUAGAGUAAAUUUAUCAGGCCAUUAAAACUGCCUGCAUAUAGUCUAUGGCAUUUCUACUUGGUCUGCCGCUUUUGCCUAGUUAGACACUGUUCUGUCACGGUCGCUAACUUCUGACAUUUUCCCCUCAGAUAUCUAAAGAGAAAUUAUUUCACGAAGAAAAGUAAGUAACUCCAUUAAACUAUGACUGAAUCACUAUUUAAAACGUUCUCAAACAGUUGGGCUUCAAGCGAGAUAAUAAAUAAUUAAAUUUCACUUUUUCUUUCAGUUUACAAAAGCUAGUUAAUUCAAGCCGACGUCUGUCCCUACGUUUGCUGGAAUUUAUAUCUAACAAUCAGGUAUGUGUUAGCUGCAGUUGGGAAAUCCGCUCACCAAUGAGUACAUGAGAAACUCGAUAAACAAGUUGGUGCAACUAUUGUAAUGAAUUUUUGUAUUUUCUUUUCUUUCCUUUAGGAUGUGCCAUUAGUACAAGACUCGUUCGAUACAACGUCGAACAACAACGAGUUCUCGUGUCCAUAUCCAACCGGAAAUUUAAUAUUUUAUCGGGGAAAACUAAGUAGGACAAAUGACAGGUAAUAGAGUAGAAUUUUUAUGAUAAUUUAAUAUUAGAAUAAUGGUGGAAACAUUGUUUUUUUCACAUGAAAUUUCAAUGUUCGUAUAUGGCGCAUGCGAAGGUAUCUGGUGGCUGGAUGGCAGAACACACAACACAAAAUUGUGCCAUCCAGUGAUCUUAAUGUUCCAUUAUCUUUUAAUCGUUUUGAAAAUCCCAUUCUCCAUACCAUCCAGUCACUGAUUGUUUUAAAUUAUCAAGGGUGGGUUGACUAGAAAAUUUUUGUAGUUCGCUAUAACUACAGCUACAGUACUUCAAAAAUAUGUAGUCAGCUACAACUACUGCUACUUUUGAACAAAGGUAGUUCGCUACUAACUACAGCUACUGCUUAAAAAAUGUAGCGAACUAUUUCGCUAUUUCGCUACACUAUAUUUUUUAGUUUUACUGUAUUUGGAGCGUCUACUACAGUAACUCAGGCUAAAAUGUAACCUAUAACAAAUCGACUUACGAGUAGCAACAGUAAACACGAAGCGUGCAAAUUGACUAUUGAGUAUUGAUUUUAAGCAAACCGUGUCUCAAUAUCGCGCUAUUCUAUCAAGCUGCUAACAAUUUAAAAAAGUAGCGAAUAGCGAUUCACUGUUUGAAAAGUAGUCAACUACUUGGCUACUUUUAGGCAAAAUGUAGUUCGCUAUAACUACAGCUACUGUUUUAAAAAGGUAGUCAAAAACUACUGGCUACUUGAAAAUUGUAGUUCGCUACAGUAGCGAACUACAACUACUUCGCUACUACCCACCCUUGUAAAUUAUUCCAGCACGUAUAGUGUUCAUAGGGCUAAAAGGCCACUACAAAACUGUUCACAACAUAAAGUUUCAUGUGAGCACAGACAAUGUUUUUAUCUGACGGAUCAUUUAUAGUCGCAGCCGACGGUAAUUUCAGGCCAUCAAUAUGGUGCAGACUUCGCAAAAAGUAUUUUAUUCGAUGCUUAUCGGUUACGUUCUAACAUUCGAACAUACUCAAUGUAGAAUAAAAAGGUUAAGGACUUCGAUGUAGACGAAAUAUACCUCAUUAUCUGUUUUUGUCUUGGUCUGUAUACAAGAAGUGGGCGGUUCAUCGUCACAUGUGUAUUGUAUUUUUGCUAGAGCAACCAAGAUAGCUAUGUUUUCAUUUAACCAUUGUGUAAUAUCACGACUGGGUAACGACAAACUGACCAAUUUUUUUUUGCAUAUACCACGUCAAAAACAUAGAUAAUGAGGUCUGUCUGCAUCGAGUUUCCUAACCUUAUUCUAUAUUGAUUAUGAUCGUAUAUAUACUAUGUGUCACAAUAUUAAGGGUUUUCGAUACGUUUUUUGUCCUUGGUUGAAUUCAGUGCUAUGAAACAUUUCAUAAUCUUUGCAUUAACAGUACAAAUAGUGAAACACUAUAUUCAUAUUUUAUUAAGGAAAUUGAUUAUAAGAUAGACUGAAAAUAAUUGUUCAAUGAAUAUAAUGAAUACGAUGUUGUAAAAACAGUAUGACAGUAAAAGUUAUUUAAACAAAUUGUUGUAUUCAGAUUUAGCCUAGACAUUUAUUUUAAACAAGUUAUAUAUUUCGUUGCACUCUUUUCCACUUUUUGUCCACUGAAAAAUUUCCAAAAAGUUUUGAAAAAAUGGGGAAAAUUGGU